CGAAUCUAAAGAAAAAAUAAAAGUAGUGUUUUUAAAAUUAAGUGUUUCUCGGCAUUGGUUAAAGUGAUCAACUUAUAUUUAACAUAAAUGUAAAACAAAACAAAGUUAUCAAUGAAUUCACCAGAAAAUCUACAAGUGACAAAUGGUGUAUGAUGUGUUUAACAUAUUUGGACCAGGCUUACCAGAAGGUAAUACUUUCUUGGACUUAGCAUUAUUUGCCUUCUUGAUAGCUGCUGCACUCGUCAUUGUUUUGGGUCUUAUAAUUUGGUGUAUCUACAGUCUUUGCGGUCGUUGGCGUCGACCAAUUCCAAUUACUAGGUCAAUGAUUGAAAAUGCAGAUCUUUCACCAAGCCAAAUUUAUGAUGCAGGCCUAGUUCCGCCAAGUUUGGCCUUUAAAAAUAGUGAAACAUCAAUGUCAACAGCUGAAACAACUGCAACAACUAUUGGGGCUGACAAAAGUGUUAAAUAUGGGUCUGUCAGAAAUGAAAAGUCUGGUUCUGCUAAGAAUCAAUUUAAAUUAGCUGGGAAAAAGAAAUCAACUGAGAGUAUAAUCAGCAUGAAUCAAAUGUUUGGGAAAAAAGAGCUAAGCCGAUCUCCUUCUAGAACCACUCAAUUAUCUUAUAUGAUGAGUCCUGUUGAGAAAGCACCUGCUAAAAAAUAAUUCAAGUUGAAUUCAGACAAUAUUUUAAUCCAAUGUGUAAUUUAAUCCGAACACGAUUAACAGUUAUUAUUACUAAUGCUAGUAAAUUAAAAAAUGAUUAUGUGAUCCUGUGAUAUUUCGAUAUUUUAUCCCAAUACUAUCGAUAUACUUGGUUCGAUUGAUGAACCGUUUUUAAACCGACUUAUCUUCAUCUAUCUUUGUUUUUCUUGCCUUCAAAACCAGUUCAUCUUUAAUUUAUUACACAAUUAUUUUGAAUUAAAAUUAAUUUUACUGGGUUUAGUAAUCUUCUUUUAACAAUAUAAUACUCUGCCAACUUUUAAGUGCAUUGGAAAUGAUCCGAUCCAACAGCCACCUUUAGUUUGUUGUGAUAAUCAGAUGUUUUUCUGAUAUAAAAAUCUUGAGGGUUUAUCUUUUUGCAUCAUAUCUAUUCUAACGUGUUUUAUGUUCUUAUGUUUUUUCAAUUAAAUUGAGUUGUAAAAGUUAUUCAAGUUUUCCACCAUGGAUCUCUAUGAAGAGGUUAAAAAGAAAAACACGGUGGCGUUCUUUGGAAAUGACGUUUACCGACGCUUCAUUUCUCUUUGUGUCAUCAAUCGCUUUGGUUAUCAGAUUCGUAAGAAAAAUGGCCAAGUUAGACGGAGCUUUAUUCUUGUCUCUGAUGUUAAUCAAGUGCACCUGGAAGCACAAACUAUCAGGAAUCACACUGAUUUGGGCGUUGCCGAAUUCUCAAGUGAUGAUAUUCAGUUUGAUAAAGAAUCAUGGACUGAACAAUUUAUAGCUAAUCAUGUCUUUGUAAUGAGUUGCUCUCUUUUUUCAACUCUUCUUUCUCCACCUCUGAUUUCACUUUCCUCGAUUAAUUUGAUCAUACUGAAUGAUUGCCACUUAGUUUUGCGAGAUGAAAGCUAUAAGAAGGUUUCUUCAUUUCUACAGUCCGUGGACCCUUCGAUAACUCGUGUGUUGGCGUUUGCUCCUAGUCUUAUGAAACAUCACCAAAAGCCAGCUGUAAUAGAAGCAAUAAUUACUAAAAUGGAGAGAUUAUUACGGGCAACUAGAAAUACUGUCGCUGAUGUAAGAAUUUCCUUUCGUUUUCCAGUUAAACCAAAAGGAAAAGUAAUUUAUUACGAUGAUUAUCCUAUCUCUUUCGACCUUUACAACGCUGAUCAAAUUAGUCAACUUUUGACAGACUUGAAUACCUUAAUUGUUGGCUGUCAAGAAGUUUUUGUUUCUGAGCCUGGAAUAAAUGGACAAACUCUAUUAAAGACUCUUAGACAAUUUUUCUCCACUAUUAAGACAAUGGGACCUUUUUGUGCUAUGGAAUUAGCUGAAAUUUACGCCAAAGAAGUUGCAGAGCUUGUUGUUAAUUCACGAGAUUUUCGAUGUGCUGCUGUAACUUCAACCUUAAUCACCUUUUUUCAGUAUGUUCAAGUCACAUUACGACACCAAUUAUCUCUACUUCAUCCAAACCAACAACUUCAAACCAAUGUACCUGAGAAAAUGCUAUCCAUUCUCAAAGUUCUCUUAGACUUUGUCCCAGAUCCGGAAGCUACACAAUCAGAGUCGGUAAAACAUCAUUCUGGUCUUAAUGGUAUUAUUUUUGUAGAAGAUCGAACAACGAUUCGACUUUUAGCUGCAUGGCUGCGCUCAGUUUCUUUAAUUAUUGAUUGUUUCAAUUUUCUCAAAGUGGAUUAUUUGGUUCGUGAUAAUAAGCUCUUAUAUAGCUCCGAUCCAAAGGAUAAUAUUCCGUCUACUUCUCGGUUUGAAAGUACGAUGUAUAAGUAUCGCAAGCAUGAAAUAAAUUUGCUCAUAGUCUCAAGCUGUUUCGAGGAGGAACUCGAUGUAUCUAAAUGUAACUUGGUAAUUAGGUAUGAUUUUCCAGAAACAUUUUCCCAGUAUCUCCACAGCAAAGCAAAACUGCGAACUGAUUACGGUAAAUAUGUCCUUUUCAUUCCAAAAAAUGAGCCCUCUAAGUCACAAUUCGAACAAAAGUUACGUGAAUUGUUAUCUAUGGAAAACAUCAUUAAAGACAAAGAAUUAGAAGUUCAGGGACCCCCGCCAUAUGAUACUCUGGCUGAUCUUUAUCCAGCUUACACUACUAGUAAAGAUAUCAGUGUCGACUUGUCCAAUUCAUUAAAUGUCCUUUAUCGAUAUUGUGCGCGAUUACCAAGUGACACCUUCACUCGAUUGGUCCCUAUUUACAUGUAUGAGCAAUUAGAGGAUGGACAAAUUAAAUGUACAGUUUAUCUCCCAACCAACUCUCCUGUUCGAGAUCCAAUAUCUGGCUUACCAGCGAAACAUCAAGAAAUUGCUCAAAGAUCAGCUGCUAUCGAAUGCUGUAAAGCACUCCAUCAAGCUGGUGAACUCAAUGACUACCUAUUUCCAGUAGGUAAAGAAAACAAUAAAUGCCUUGAAGAAUUAGGUAUCAAGCGUCACAAACGUGGUCCUCGUGGCGCAGAAGAAGAGCAAGAAAGACCUGGAACAACAAAACGAAGGCAAAGUUAUCAGAAGAAAAUAGCUGAAGCGUUAAGAGGAAAAGAUAUUGCUCCUGGUGAACCUUGUUUCAUGUACAUAUUUCUAAUGUCAUUAACUUGUCCGAUUCCUGAAGAACAAAAUACUCGUGGAAGAAAAUUAAUCGAUCCUAUGGAUUCUCCACGAUUUUUUGGUCUUCUUACUCACUCUAGAAUAUCUAGAAUUUGUGAUUUUCCUGUUUAUACAAGAUCUGGAGAAGUUAUUGUAUCAAUGAAAUGGGCUGCAGAAAAUGUAACGUUUAAUUCAGAUGAAAUUGAAAAAAUCAAAAGGUUCCAUCGAUUCACUUUCACUGAUGUCCUUCAUCUGGUCAAAGAUCCAAUGGUUUACGAACCAGCUGAAGCUCCUUCUUCAGUUCUUGUUUUGCCAGUUAAUUACGCAGCGAGUUCAUCCAAAGAAAUCCCUGCUUCAUUUACAAUCGACUCCGAUAGUGUUACAAUUGAUUGGGGAUUUAUUGAUAGAGUCCUUUUUUACGAGCAAGCUGAUACAAGUGAAAGAAAGGCUAAUUUCAAGUUUAAUCACUCUGUUUUCGAGGACGCUGUUGUCAAACCUUGGUACAGAACAGCAAAUGAACAAUUGCAUUUUUAUGUUGCCAAUAUUUGUGAAAAUUUAAAACCAACAAGUCAGUUUCCCACCGAAGCAUUUCCUACAUUUUAUGAUUAUUAUUUACAGAAGUACAAGAUUCAAAUUACAGAUAAAGAUCAACCUCUUUUAGAUGUUGAUCAUACUUCUGCACGCCUCAAUUUUCUUACACCAAGAUUUGUAAAUCGGAAAGGAAUGCCUUUGCCUAAAAGUACUGAGAAAACUCGUGCGGCCAAAAGAGAAAACCUUGAAUCUAAACAACUUCUUAUUCCUGAACUGUGCAUUGUUCAUCCAUUUUCAGCUUCCUAUUGGAAUAAAGCUGUGUGUCUUCCUAGUAUUUUAUAUCGAGUCAAUCAUCUUCUUAUUGCUGAUCAAUUAAGGCGACAAGUUGCCCUAGACAUUGGUAUUGGAGUAACUAAAGAUGAUCCAGAAUUUUCAUGGCCUACUCUUGACUUUGGAUGGAGUUUAACUGAAGUGUUGAACCAAUCUUUUGAGGAGAAAGAUGAUGAUGAAUAUGAUAUAAAUGUUUCAAGUCCUAAAACUCUGGAAGUCAAACCAUCGAAAAAAAAUAAACCAAGUCCUUCAUCAGCAGCCCCGUUGCCACCUAAAAUUUCUUCACCUCCUGCGCCUGUUGAGGUUAAAAAUAUCUCUACAGAGUCUACACAAAAUAAAGAUGGUUGUGAUGAUUUAUUAAUCGAUACCUUCGAUCCUAACAUUUACAAAGUUGUCGAUGCUGAAGUUGAUGAUGACUUAGGAGAUAUUCCUCCUGUUGGUAAUUGGGAUCAGAAUAGUCAAGAAUUUAAUCAACCAUUUGAAAUUAGUGCCAUCAGUCCAAUCAUCAAUUGGCCAGGACUUGAUGAUGAACCUAGAGUUGUUGAGUUGUCCGAUGAUAAUAAACCCAUAAAGCGCAAGAAAAAUCAGCGGAUGGGAUCGCCAAGUAAUUUUGACCGCAUCGGUGAAAAUAAAAAUUGGGAUAUUAAAGAAUCCGAUCUUAAUUCAGUUAUUGAUCUCGAUAUUCCUGGAUUGAAUUUGAUCUCUACAGCUGUUGGAGUUGAUCUCCAUAAGUUAUCUAAAGAUUUAGAAGAUAUUCAUGCAUUCGAUGAUUUUGAUGAUUCAGAAGAUGAAGAUGAAUUAGGUAGUUAUGAAGAGGAAGCGGACUCUCAUCUUGAUGCGGACCAAUUAUUAAUUCCCGAUUCCGAUGGAGCGGUCAGUGCUGUCAAAGCGAACAUAUCUAGAGACAUUUUGUCUUCUGGCCUUCUUUUAUCUUAUCAAAGUGAACCUGCAAAAGUUUCAGAGGAAUCUUCUUAUUACGAUGAAAUCGAAAUUCCAAGUGAUGAUAUGAUAACUGCAGUUGAAUUGGAUAAAGAAAAGGUUGAAUCUAUUUUUGUAGCUGAUGAAAUCAUCGUUCCUGAUAAAGAUGCUAAUUGUGAUACCAUUGAUAAAACUAUCGACAAAAUCGCUGACAAACUUGAAGAGGCUCUCAAACUCGUCGACCCUGUGACUGUUCUUCCCAACAUCGAGGAAAAAGAUUCACAUGUUAAAGCCAGUGAUAUUGCCAUGAACCUUGAAGAAGGAAAAGCUAGCCCUAGUUUUGGAGAAUUACUUCCAAACAGAGAUGAAUUCGUUUUGAAUGCUGAUAAUAACGGAGAUUCUGUUUUGACCUGUAUUCAUCUCGAUCCAUUAAAUGAGGAAUUUGAUCCGGAAAUUGGCCCAAGUCCAGCUAUGGUCUUACAAGCAUUGACAAUGUCAAAUGCUAGUGAUGGAAUCAAUUUAGAACGUCUUGAAACUGUCGGUGAUUCUUUUCUUAAAUACGCCGUUACUGUGUUCAUGUACUGUCGCUGUCCAGAUCAACAUGAAGGGAUUUUAUCUCAACUCAGAAGUACUCAAAUCAGUAAUUUAAAAUUAUACGAAUUAGGAUCUCAAAAAAAUCUCGGCGAACUAAUGGUUGCCACAAAAUUCGAACCCAGUGAUAAUUGGUUACCACCUGGUUUUAAAAUUCCUGAAAAAUGUUUAAUUGGAUCUCCAAGCACAAGUAAUGAUGAAAAAUUAAUAUCAUUUAAUUGUCUUUUAACUCAACAAUCAAUACCAGAUAAAAGUAUUGCUGAUUGUGUCGAAGCUUUAAUUGGAUCAUUCCUCAUCUCAUGUGGUCCAAGAGGAGCUCUUCUUUUCAUGAAAUGGUUGGGUUUAAUGGUCAUGGAUAAUGUUGAAGAGCCACAAGAAGAAAGUGGACUCUGGCGAUGGCUGAAUCCUAUAAAGCCGCCUCUUUUUCCAAAUGCACCUAAAAUUGAACUUGAUAAUCUAUACUUUUCGCAUGGAUUGGAUCGCUUUGAAAAAGAAAUAAUUCAAUACGAGUUUAAAGAUAAAGCCUAUUUAGUUCAAGCAUUUACUCAUAAUUCAUUUUCUGACAAUCGAGUUACUGACUGUUAUCAACGUCUAGAGUUUUUAGGUGAUGCUGUUCUUGAUUUUCUGAUCACAAGACACUUGUUUGAUGACCCUAGGCAACACUCACCUGGCGUGUUAACAGAUUUAAGAUCGGCAUUGGCAAAUAAUACCUUUUUUGCUUCCCUCGCAGUCGAAUAUGAAUUUCAUAAAUAUUUAAUGUAUAAAACUGCCGACUUGCAUAAAGUUAUUUCUAAGUUUGUCGAAUUUCAUGGAAAUUCAAAUGGAAAAAUCAAGGAUCCAGCGGCUUUUGCGCUGCUGAUAGGAGAAGCUGAUUGUGAACAGCGCGAAGAUAUUGAAGUUCCUAAAGCUUUAGGUGACGUCUUCGAAUCAGUAGCUGGAGCAAUUUUCCUAGACAGUGGAUUUUCUUUGGACACCGUUUGGAGAGUUUACUAUCGAAUGAUGAGACCUGAAAUGGAGUAUUAUAGUAAAAAUCCACCAAAAUCACCUAUUCGUGAACUUCUCGAGAUGAAACCACAGAAAGUUUCAUUCAGUAAACCAGAUACAGUCAAUAUAAAUGGAGUGCCCAAGGUCAAAAUCAGUGUCGAAGUGUUUAACAUUGGUAAAUAUUAUGGCAUCGGACGUAAUAGACGAUUAGCUAAGUACACAGCCGCUAAACGAGCUUUACGUGAUUUGAAAUCAUCAAACAAUUCUCUCAACUAAAUAAUCGUGGAAUAAAUGAAUUUAUUUUAUAAUAUUGAAUUUCAGGCGAUAUUGCCUUUAAAUUGCACAAAAAAAGAAUGAUUUUAUGAAAAUUUUUCAUCUACAUUUGAUACAUAUUAAAUGGUAUAUUAUUAUAUUUCAAAUUCCUGUAUGAUUAAGUAAGUCGCAAGUUCUUAACCUCUUAUCAUUAAACAAUUUUACGGAUAAUUUGGUAUUUA